AUAAAAUCUUAGGGUCUGCCCUUGUAGGAAAUGAACAAAAGCAAUCCACCAGCCUACCAGGAGAACCUUCAGAUCCCCCUCAUCAACGGGAACAUCAUGAACAUUCCGCUGACGUCCAUCAACAUAUCGGAGGAGAUGAACAAGACCGGCAUAUGGAAGCAAGUGAACGACGGCAACAAAAUGCGAACCCAGCUUGACGUGAAGGACUUGAAACCAAAGUCUGCAAAGAAAGUUAUAAAACACAAGAAAAUAAUAUCAAAGAACGCACAAUCCGAGAUCGAGCGCCGUCUGUCGACGAUGGACGAGGUGGAGGAGGAGGACUCGCUGAAGGCCGACCUGCUAAGACGCUCUUCCUGGACAAGCAACGGCGUGAAAAAUGAGAAGAAGAAAUGCACCUCCGCCGAGACUUCGGUGUAAAGAAAGAGAAAGAAAGAGAAA